CACUACAAAAACAUCGAUCCAGGAAUGGCAGGAGGUAUGUGAAAGUGGGAGAGUGGAAAACAUACAUGCUGCAAUUUUUCCACAUAACUUUUCCCCCUUGUGUAGUAACAUUGGAUCGGUGAGGGAUACGUCCCUUGUUGAACCUUCAAAAAGAAGGUACAGUAUUGAAAUGUAUUAGAACAGUUAUUAGAACAGUUUAGCAGUGACUAGCUGUCCAUUUUGAAAAUCCUAUUAAACACACACACACAUGCAUACAAAGAGAUAAAUGGUAUAGAGACAAGUAUAGGAAUAGACAUAUGGUGUUAACUUAGCCACAAUUUUUACAGGUGUAUUUUCAGGUUCAAACAUUGUCAAGUAAAUAGAAUUAGCUUGCUUACGUCAUGAGCAUAUUUCUUCAGUUGUUUUUUGAAGAGAGCAUUAAUUAUAAAUAUUUAUUUAUUGUGAUUUAUGAAGAUAUAAUUGUUGCAAAGAAACCAAAACUGGAAGAGAGCUCACUAAAUGAAGAUGAAUAUAAAGGCCAAAAAGAAUCACAGCCAGCUUCAAGAAUGUGUGUUAGUUGUCGUGCUAGAAACGAAAAUCAGCUUCCAGAUGACCGCAACGAGUGGCCAAUCCAUAAAGUCGAAAUCAGUUAUUUCCAAAAGAUUUGCAAACUACUUGACCUUGACAAUGUCAAUAAAGAGCCAAUUCUGGCAAAAUCGUGUAAAUUUCAAAGGCAAAAUCGUGUAAAUUUCAGACAGUCCCAAAUAGAUCACUUUGCCUUUGGCGGUUUUGCGCAAAUUGGAAACACGUGCUCGAAAGAUCCUAAAACUCUCGAACACGUUAACAGUUAUAUUGCAAUAGUAUCCGUAUAUACUUUGUAGAAUUUGCAUAUCAUUUAAAAUUGUAUUUGUAUAUUUUGGUAAGCUAGCGAAGAGCCACUCUGUGGAUGUAUUGCCAAUAAAUCGUUAUUAUUAUUCUAUGCCACUAUUUGCAGCAUAUCAGUUUCUCAUCAGGGACUUUCCCUAUACCGCCAUUUACCAUUUGCCAUAAUCGAGAUACCAUGUAUAGAGAUACAAUUUUCUGUUUUGAAUUUUCAUUGAUUUCCGGUACAAUAUCAAAUUACAAAGCGAUGUGUUGCUACUGGAGGUUUGAAAAGCGUCAAAGGCAGGGAACGAAAUGGUAUUUUGGAAAAAAAUCUGGUAAAAUUUGGUUUCGGAAAGUUUUAGAAGAAACUAUAUGAAUAUAGUCAAUAAAUAGUGCCUUCAAAAUCUCUAUUUGGCCUAACUUUGCUUACUAUUUAAAUUUUAUAUACCACUCUUAUAAAUAUAUAUAAAUGUAAAAUGGGCAAAAAAAUGAAUAAAUAAAUAAAAAUGUCAAUAGUCUCACUUGGCAUGUAAAUACGAAUAAAAACCCUAUUAUACCAUAAACAUGUUUAGCUUUGGAAAGAUUCUGGCAUGCUGAGCAUGUCAAUAAUUAAUGCCUAAUGGUCUUCAGCGAAAUUAUGCUUAAUAUUUACAGAAGCGUUGAAGGGUGGUGAGGGGGGUGGGCUGGGGCGUGGCAAGAUACUUUUAGAAAAAGAUACGAGUAACAGGGGAUUGCGACGGAUAAUUGUGCAGUCUGUUCGUCGCUUUGCUCGUCGUUUUGCGAAACACGCUAAUUCCGGCGACGCUAAUAGUGCACCUACACUUUUUUUGCAUCCCGUACGUUCUGUUUCAAAGUCAUCACGUGAUAUCUCGUAUGCACCACAUGACCACUCAUUGACCAGCUGCAUGUUCAACCGCUCUUCCGGCUUUUUCGUUGAAAAUUAUAUGGAUUGCCCGCAUUCUGCCAAAGUGUACGCCAGUAUAUGAAUUGUAAGCGUAGUAGAAAUCAAGCCAAACAUUUCGUCAUUCUCUGUAAUUGGAAAUCCAUCCUUUGUUAGAACGAGUUGACUUUUGAUCAUGGCUUGUGAAGGCAAUGAUCAACAACCAUCACCACCACCACAACUGAAUAUCACUCUCCCAACAAUUAAUAGCACAAUACAGGAUUGGUCAAACGACGAGAUUCAGAAGCAAAUACCGACAGCUAUUUUGUUAAUAACAGCAAAUAAUCACGAAUUCGCUGCCUGUUAUUCUUAUAUGAAAAAUGUCCAAAGAAGUUGGCAUGAUACGCUCGGAAUGGUGGAUUUUGGUCAAUUUGGUGAUCAGAAUGUGAAAGUCGCGUUGAUGAAAUGUGCACAAGGACCGACUCGGGCUGUGAUAACUGUGAAAAAUGCUGCUGGCAUUUUAUACCCAAAAGUAGUCCUUUUCGUCGGGAUCUGUGCAACCUUGAAACCGGCGACGGCAAAACUUGGCGACGUCGUGAUUUCUGCGAAAUUGGCGACUUAUGGAGACAAGAAAGUCAGGGCAGAUGGGACAGUCGAGUAUCGCGGCACCAAAGCGAAUGUGAGUCGACAUAUGGAUCAUCUUAUUCUGUAUGCAGCUGAUGGUUGGGAAGCACCGUUACAAGACCAGAGUAGUUUAAAAGUCAAAGUCCAUAGUGACGCUGUGAUGUUAAGUGGUCCAGAGUUGGUUGAUAAUUCCGAAAGACAAAAAGAGUUAGCGGAAUAUUUUCGAGAAGCACUUGGUCUUGAAAUGGAGGGUGCAGGUAGGUAGGAGCUUCCUAGUACCUACAUCAUUCAGGCAAACAUAAGUGGAUUUGGCAUCUGUGCACAAGAUUAGUAUAAAACGGCCUAAAACCCAAGUGUAAACUUCUCAACCUGUAGUUCGCAUGUAUUUACGUAGACAAUUAAAUAACUUACUAAACUUACGUCUUAGCGUAGCUCUCGAAUUGGUUUUGAAUCAAAUUCAGAAAGGGAAAUGGAUAGCUUGGCUGUUGGCCAACUGAUGUCAGCAAAAGAGGCUAACCUGUCACAGGCUAUAGAGAACAAAUAUCCUUAGGAAAUUUUACCCUGUGAGGGUGGAGUGAAUCUCCUACUGCACAGAGUUUAACUGAUAUUGUUUUAACCCAGAACAUCAUAGGCCCUGAUGCUAGUAUGUUUCCUGUAACAUUCUGUAUAUAUUGCCAUUUUUAAUUUUUAGGUUUAUAUGCAGCCGCAUAUGAUCUCGAGAUAGAAUGGGCUGUUAUCAAAGCUGUGUCAGAUUUUGCUGAUGGAAGUAAAUCAGUGACAGAAGGUUGGCAGCCAUUUGCCAGUGCAAUGGCAGCAUCUGUUGUCCACAACAUGUUUAAACAAGCUCAAGUAAUAAAAAAUUGGCCUCACUACAAAAACAUCGAUCCAGGAAUGGCAGGAGGUAUGUGAAUACGAACAGGCAAAAACAUCAAUUCUGGGUUGGUUGGGGCCUGGGGGAGAGUGGCAAGCAUACCUGCUCCAAUUUUUCAACAAAGGAGACUUACUUUUUUCUCCUUGUGUAGUAACAUUGGAUUGAACCUUUAUAGAGAGAAGGUAUCGAAAUGUAUUAGAACAGUUAUUAGAACAGUUUAGCAGUGACUGAGUUGUCCAUUUUGAAAGUUAUUUAUUAUACAUGUAUAAUAAAAAAAAAUAUUGUGACAAGUAGGAAUAAACAUCUAUAUAUAGUGUUAAUGUUAAGACAAUUCGGACAAAUGAAUUUUUAGAUUUGAACAUUGUCAAGUAAAUAGAAUUAGCUAAUUGCUUAUUUCAUGAGCAUAUUUCUAAAAUUAGCUUGCUUUUCAAGAAAGCAUUUCUCAAUUAAAAAUUAUAAAGAAUAUUAUUUAUUGUGAUUUAUGAAGAUACAAUUGAUGCAAAAAAACCAAAACUGGAAGAGAGCUCAAAUGAAGAUGAAUAUAAAUGCCAAAAGGAAUCGGAGCCAGAUUCAAGAAUGUGUCGUAAGUGUAACACUAAAAAGGAAAAACUGCUUCCAGAUGACCGCAACAAGUGGCCAAUCCAAAAAGUCGAAACCGGUUCUUACAGAAAGAUUUGCGAGCUACUUAACCUUGAUGGACGCAGUAGAGAGCCAAUUCUGAGCGCUCUAGAAUGCUUCAACCAAACUGAAGCUGCCACUAUGAAACAAAAAUUUGAGGCCCAAGGAGGAAUAGGGAUUGCUCAUGUCGCACUCCAGCAAUGGGGAGCAGAUGUACGCAAAAAUAAUGUGGGGGCCCUCAAGAAGAUCUUAGAAAAUAUCAUGGGAAGGGUUGAUGUUGUUGUUGAGAUUGAGAAAUGGGAAAAGUUACCUGUUUGUCAUGGAUGUGGCAUUAAACUCAAGUAGUUUGAUUAUCAGACUGUUGAGUAAAUAAUAAAAAACACUGAAAGUAGCAGUUUUGACAAACAUUGAAAUAAUCAUAUGAUUUGCUCACGCAUCUAGCUUUUUUUGCUAUUGAUUAUAGCAUAUUUGUAUAUACCAAAACUGUACCUGUAGCAAUAAAAAAAAUGUAAACUUUUCCAUUUUAUUGUUGGUAUUACAGGUGUUUGUUAACCACAGAAUACCGCACAAAUUUACAAGUUCCAUAUCUUUUGUCAAAUGCAUAUAACAUAGCCUGUUAAAUAUUUUUUAGUAUAGUUUUCAUUAUAUUUUUCUUCCUGUGGGGUCUUGGGAUUUGAUUUGGCAGAUUCUAUUAUUUUUUAAAUCGGACAUUCUGUGGAUAAAAUUCUAAUGUACCACAGAAUACCAGUGUGGCAAUAAGUAAGGAACGGAUUAUCAAAUUGUACGAGGAUUUGAUGUGUCAUGUUGUGUGAUAACACUGCACAGAUAUUGCUAACUUAAUUUAGUGGAAGGUAAAUACUAAAAUCACUACAGAAUUAGCUUUACCAAUAAUUUUGAAAAAAUGAGUUUUUUAGAGUAAAUUUGAUUACUCAGUGAGAUUCCUGAAUAGUAAAAAUGUUGUAUCGCUUAGAAAAACUGUUGAUGAAUGUAAAUCAUGUUGGUUUGCGAACUGAUUUUGAAACUUUCUGAUUUUAUGGGCAUAAGCAGAAAAAAAGUACCAAAAAUAAGGAUUUUUAUUUGUUGUUUAUUUGAUAUUGGAACUGCGAUAUUCUGUGGUACAUACACCUGUACAUAGUAAUUCCAUUUAUGUAGUAUGUGACUAUAGGACAGUGAGACAGUCUCAAAUUAUGUAUCUGUUACACUGUCUCUUGUUUGUUUUUUGGAUUUCAUUUAACAACUAUUAGUAUCACUACAUGUACCCUGGUUGAUUAAUAGCUAAUGCACCUAAAUAUAGUAGUCAUACAACCUGUAGAUGACUCAGUUAUGUUUUUCAUGGUAUGUGUUUUUCAAAUAAAAACAAAA